ACCGAAGCCUACUCGCAGCGCCACCGAACGAAUGGCUAAGCAGGCCGCCAUGUCUGAACAGGAACGGCCAGUGCACGAACGGUGACAGCGGCGGAAGUCGUACAACAGCUUCCGAUCAGUGACCUACGCACCAGGCAAGUGUGCUGUAGGAAACGACCAACAUGCAUGAGAGUUGGUCUGAGGCCACGUUUUGUCACGUCACACAGACAGCUUCAGGAAGCAACAUUGGGGAAGUAAAUUGUCAGAGAAAACAAAGAAAUAUGGACGGAGAACGCGCGCACAACGGAGAAGCCGUCGCUCUCAAUAAACCCAACGAUAUUGAGGCGAUGACAUCCCCUUCGGGAAAAGUGUACCGGCCCAUCAACAUGAACCACUACGCCACCAAGAAGAGCGCGGCUCAGAGCAUGCUCGACGUGGCCUUACUGAUGGCCAACUCGUCCCAGUUGAAGACCGUCCUCUACGUGGGACCUCAGUAUCAUUUCUACAUCCCCCUCAUCGUUUUGCUGUCUCUUUCCAUCACACUGCAAGUCAUCGUGGGCCUACUGCUCGUUUUUAUAGUGAAGUACGAUUUGAACGACGUGCGUAAACAAGCUAAGUUGAACAGGAUGAACAACGUAGCGACCGUCAUGGUCUUCUUCACGGUCCUCAUCAACAUCUUCAUCACGGCGCUGGGCUUUGAGGGACACGCGCUCAGGUCUUCGCAAGACAUGAUGAUCGAAGCGGCACCUCAGCGGUCCCCUCGGCCUUCGGAGCACAAUACCACCGCCCUUUGAACACAGUACCUUUGAUCUGUCAGCGAAUGUAAACAUUGCACGUUACAUUUUUAUUUGUAAUGAAAUAUUUUUCUUUAGUCGCUCUUUAAUAUGUUGCACGAUUCCGAAUUUUGUAUAAAAAUACUUUGUCUAUGAUGAUGUUGCCAUGAAAUGAGAUUCAGUUUUUUUGAGCCAUCACCAAGUGUAAAUAAUGUUAUGAGUCGUGUUCUUUUCCGUUCGGCUUGUCCCGUUAGGUGUCAUCUUUUUCCAUCUAAGCCCAUCUCGUGCAUCCUCUCUAACACCCAAACUGUCCUCAUGUCCUCCCUCUCAACAUGCAUCAACCUUUUCUUUAGUCUUCCUCUCACUCCUAUCCAGCCUGUUCACACCAAGCGAGAACCUCAGCAACUUCAUUUCAGCCACCUCCAGUUCUGCUUCCUGUUGUGUCUUCAGCGCCAGUCUCUAAUCCGUACAUCAUGGCCGGCCUCACUACUGUUUUAUAAACUUUGCCCUCCAUCCCAGUGGAGACAUGUCUGUCACAUACAACACCAGACACCUUACGCCAACUGUUCCACCCCGCUUGUGACCUGUUUCUUCACUUCUUUACCACUCCAUUGCUCUGUAUUGUUGACCCCAAGUAUUUGAAGUCGUCCGGUAGGUCAAUUGGAGACUCUAAAUUCUCUGCAGGUAUGAAUGUGAGUGCAAAGGGUUGUUUGUUUGUGCCCUGCAGUUGCCUGGCAACCAGUUCAGGGUAUACCUGACCGCUUAACUGAAGAUAGCUGGGAUAGACACUCGGACUCCCAUGACCUGACUGAGGACAAGUGGUGUAAGAAAGGGAUAGGUGAUUAUUUUGAAACCGCUUAUCCUCACGAGGGUCCCAGGCGUGCUAGAGCCCGUCUCAGCUAUCAUUGGGCAGGAGGCAGGGUACACCGUGAACCUGUUGCCAGUCACAUGGAGACAGACAGUCAGCCGCACUCACAGUCAUAUCUAGGGGCAAUUUAGAGUGUGCAAUUAAUGUUGCAUGUAUUUGGGAUGUGGGAGGAAACCGGCGUGUCCACAGAAAACCCACGUAGGCACGAGGAGAACAUGCAAAGCCCACAGAGGGAGGGCCGGAAUUAGAACCCUGGUUGUCAGAACUGCGAGGCCAACCUUUUCUCUACUGUCUACUACAGUACUAUAAUUUCCGACCCACAAGCCACGAGUUUUUUCACACACUUUCAACCCUGCAGUUUAUGCGGUGAUGCGGCGCUAGCGUUAGUGCACGUGGUUAUAAGCCUCGUGGUACACAGUUUACCGCUAGCCCGAUUAGCUGACACUAGCACCGCGCUAAUGGUAGCGCCGUGCGAGCUAAACUCUUUCUGUGUACUGAGGCUUUUGUCAAUUGACAAUUAAACUUUAGAUUAUAGGUCACAAAACAC